CCGGCCCGGAGCCGCCCGCCCGCGACCACGUGGGGCGGCGGCGGCGGAACGCAGGCUGGCGGCGCGCGGCCCGCCCGGGCCUCUGGCGCGGGGACGCCGGCGGAAGUGGGGCGCCGGCGCGCAGCGCUCGGACAGUCGGAACCUUCCUACCACCAUCUCCCUGGCCUGGCAGACAUCAGCUGGUCGUCCUUCAGGAUCUGCCCAAUCCAGAGCCGGUAGCUCGUUGGUCCAUUAUCAGCAGCCUGGACAAUGCAGACUCCACUGAGCAGCCCUGUGCCUGUGCUCCGGCUCCCCCGCGGCCCCCAGGGCCUGAGCAGGGGCUUUGCGCCUGACGGACGGAGGGCUCCCCUGAAGCCAGAGGUUCCUGAAACCCCGGAGUCUCCUGCAGUUCACGAAUGUCAGGAGUCCCAGGAACAGCGGGCCCGAGCCGUCCUCCGGGAGCGCUAUCUCCGCAGCCUGCUGGCCAUGGUGGGCCGCCAGGUCAGCUUCACCUUGCACGAGGGUGUGCACGUGACCGCCCACUUCGGAGCCACUGACGUGGACGUGGCCAACUUCUACGUGUUGCAGCUGCAGACGCCGAUAGGUGUGCAGGCGGAGGCGCUGCUCCGGUGCAGUGACAUUAUUGCUUACACCUUCAAGCUAUGAAGACAUUAUUGUGGCCACCUCCUGCCUUAGGCCUCGCCACAAAUUCCCAGGCUUCCAGCAGUUCCAGGUCUCUGGGCCUCACAGAGUUCAGAAUUCCCUUGGAGUUUUGAGCCAAGCUCCAAGCAACUGACUUCUUCAGAUCUCCGGUGUCUAGUCAGUAAAAUUCUGCAACCCCACAAGUUCUAGGUCCCAUUGAAAGGAAUGCUCUACCUCACAAAACUUUAAAGUCUACAGAAAUGUGGGUCUUGGGACAGAUCCUGAAGACUGGAGGUGGGUGGGGUUAGGGAGGGGGGCAGUGGGAAUAAAGGAAGGCAAAUUGCAGAGUGGGAAAUUGUUUAUUACAGAAGUUGCAAAGUUCAGUCACCCUGAAGAAAUUUCCCCAAUACUACUGUCCUGCCAAAGAACAAUUAUUAUUACAG